UAAACAAAGCACAUCGCACUCCGUCCAGAGUUUCUCCCUUCAACUAAAUUGAAAUUCAUAAUCCUACAAUGCUAUACUAUUAUUACAGCACCAAAUAAUCAGAAUUCAACGCAAUGCCACCCCAACCAAACCUCCGAAGACCCGCCGCUCCAACUCCAGACUCUCCGCACCGACAUCGACAACCAAGCAGACCACGACCCGGCCAUGCAGUCCCCCAACCACAAUUCCAUACCCCUCCGUCGCAUGCCACACCACAGAUACAUCCCUCAUCGGGCCCCGUUCAGAGCGUGGAAUCUAUGCACCCAGCAGCUGCGACACAAGCAGCCAUUUUCGGCCUCUUUAGUCGAGGUGGUCGACAGCGUCCACAGAUGAUGGAUGAGGAUGACGAGGAAUCGGAUGAUGGGUUGAACGAUACAUUUGCGCAGGAAGAUCCGAGACGGAUUACCAUUGACGCGGAGGGGAAUGAGGUUACUCUGUCGGAUGAAGAGGCCGCAGGAAUGUUCGAUGAGGAGAUGGAAGGUGGGGAGGAGGAGGAGGAGGAGGAGGAGGAUGAGCUAAUGCAGGAACGAGGUUUGCGCCAACAUACUCCUUCGGUUUUAAAUGGUGAUUCUGACACCGAUUGUUCAGACAGAUCCCCGACACCCCUCCCACCUAACCUCCGCGAGAUCUCGUCACUAGCCUCGUGGACCGUCACGACACAUAAACCAGGCUGUGGUGUCGCUGCUCUUCGUAGCUCGAACCCAACGGAGUACUGGCAAUCUGACGGCCCUCAACCGCAUACGCUGAGUCUUCAUUUCUUCAAACUUGUCGCUGUUGUCCGGAUCCGCGUGUACCUCGAUUUUGAGAUGGACGAAAGUUACACGCCCACAAAAAUGGUCUUCCUGGCUGGUAUGGGCGGUAACGAUCUCGUUGAGUUUGCAACCUGGGAAGGAGAAACGCCGUGUGGCUGGGUGAACAUACCACUGGAAAACGUGGGAGGUCGAAGUGGCGGCUGGGUUAGGAAGAAGAGACGAAAGCGUGUUACCCGUACGAACGAUAAACGUGCCUCCGUAUCAGGAAAAUCAAAGGCAAAGGCUGCUUCUGAGGCAAAGCUGGACUACGAUUAUAUAUUCUCCGACUCUGAACACCCGGAAUACGACGAGGGCGCUUACGAAGACGACAACGACGAGACGGCUGAUGAGGACGAUGAAGAUGACCCAUACGCAGGGAAUGUGCUGAAAGCAAUGGUCAUUCAAAUGAAAAUAAUGGAAAACCACCAAAAUGGCAAAGAUACACACGUACGGGGGUUUCAGGUGUAUGCACGGGACGAUGACCGUCGCCGGGCAUGCAAUGCCCCUUCUGCUUCUGCGAAUGGACGUGCAAAGAGACGGAGCUUACGGCAGUCGAGUGUCAAGGAUGGCGAGGGACGUGAUGCUGAGGAUGAUGGAAGUAAGGUAAUUGGGUUGGAAGAACCAGAUUGGAUGGGAGAGCCUGUUAUUCGAUGAUUAUCAAUACUUGUGAAGAGGUUCAGAUGGUUGAUAUGAUACCCAUCAUUGUAGUAUAAUUAGUCUGUCUUUUUACGCAAAUGCAGACGCAUUCAUGCAAAAGCUGUGGCACAUGUGGCUAAGCACUCAUUCUACC